CGGCGCGGCGCGAUGAGGGAGGCAGAGCUGAGGAGGCUGCUGGCCGCCAACCUGCUCUGCGCCGUCUCCAUCGUCCUGACGGCACUCGUGCCUGCUUUGUUUCUGGACGGGUUCUCGGUUUUGGGCACGCACCUCACGUGGCUGUGUGUUUGUUCUGUUUGUGUUAGCGUCCUUAACGUAACCUUGUGUUUAAUCCUAAAGCCAAACCCGUCUUCUAAGAGAAGCUCGCUGUCUAACAAGAUAUCCAGAUUUCUAAAAUGCUGUAUAUACUUUUUCAUGUCUUGCAUACUAUUUCAUGCGAUUAUUGUUCUUUAUGGAGCACCUCUCAUAGAGUCAGUGACUGAGACAUUUUUGUUUGCAGUUCUCUUGUCUACCUUUACUACUUUACAAUGUUUAUGUUUGCUGGGACCAAACGUACAAGCUUGGAUACGAGUAUUUAGUAGAAAUGGAGCUAUGUCCAUCUGGGAAAACAGCCUACAGAUUACUACAACGUGCAGUAUACUAGGAGGUUGGUUUGGAGCAUUUCCUAUUCCUCUUGAUUGGGAUCGGCCCUGGCAGGUAUGGCCCAUUUCAUGUUCCCUCGGAGCUACCUUUGGCUAUAUGGCUGGUCUGAUUAUUGCACCUCUGUGGAUACACUGGAACCGCAAGCAGCUUACAUACAAAAGCAGAUAACUGGCGCAAAG